CACCUCGUCAGUUCCUCGUCAUGAAACGACCGCAUGGAGUGGUUUAUCUGAGUGCGCACAGUGCGCCAAUCCCCCUUUUUUAACCUAAAAACUUGGUCAAGUUGGUGGGGUGGGUAGUUGUGUCCAAAGCGAGAAACGAAGAAGGAGUAAUGAUUCGUCUCGCGGUAAUCUCUCGCAUCUCCUAGUGGCUAGUCCAAUUCUCUCAGUUCAAACCACCUCUCGUCGUCUCUCGCGGUCUCCAGGGCCUCCGAUACCCGAGAAAAAUAAAGAAAAAGGCGAGUCCAUCAUCGAUGAGCAUCACCUCGGGUUAAAAAAAAACGUGCGAUCCCGCGUGACGAUUGAUGUACCACGGAAAUUCCCUCUCACUAGAGCAAUCGCCGCAGUUCACGAUGCGUUGACCCGAGGAUUACUUUUUCUCACACAUCCGGUGGCUCUUUCUUCUCGGACAGAGAUUCAGAUUUGACGGAGAAGCUGAGGAGAGACGACCGCAGCUUGAUAAAUGGCGGGGACGUACAAAAAACAGGAGUUCGGCGUCGGUGGAGAGGAGCAGACACUCCUGAAGGACACCAAUGGACCACGAAUUGUGACUAAGGACGAUAAGAAAUGCAAACUUAAAACUUAUAGCACUUUUCUGUCACGGAAAUGUCUCGGCUCGGAGCCUGUCAGGCUAUCGCCAGGUUGGGAGGGCACUGGACGACCCGACGACGAACUCAAUUUCAAGGGUGUCACGAUGGAUCAGGCUGAUCUUGAACUCAAUCCACCCAGGGAUAGACUAAACAUCGUGUAUUUCAUAAUGCUACUGCACGGUAUAGGCGCCCUGAUGCCUUGGAACAUGUUUAUUACAGCCGAGGGGUACUUCCAGAAGUACAAACUCUCGGAAACUUACACUGGAGAUCCAAACAUCACCUACUAUGGAAAUAUGUACGUGGGCAGCGUCAGUUUUGCAGCACAAAUACCUAAUUUAUUAUUCAAUUGGGUCAACGUAUUCAUUCCUCUCAGUGGAAGUAUGACGACGAGAAUCGUAUGGGGACUCACUAUUCAAGCGGUGAUUUUCGUAUUUACGGUGGUUAUGGCGAUGGCUGACACCUCAGGAUUUCCUAUCGCAUUUUUCUGGAUGACAAUGGUUUCUGUUGUUAUCUUAAACACUUCGAAUGGAAUUUAUCAAAACUCUGUUUUCGGAUUGGGAGCGAAAUUGCCAGGGAAAUACACAGGAGCAAUUGUCCUGGGCUCGAAUAUCAGUGGGACGCUGACAGCGGUCAUUAAUAUUCUCACGCAAGUGAUGACACCGAAUCUACGCACAGCAGCUAUAUACUAUUUCAUCACCGCAUUGUUCAUCAUUCUGGCGUGCUUUGACACGUAUUUCGCUCUUCCAAUCAACAGGUUUUAUCGCUAUCACGAGCUCCUGGCUGAGAAGGAGAACAAGAAAGACUCCGGUCGGAAAGACAGGGCCCCUUAUUUAAAGAUUAUUCGAGAAUGUUCAGUGCAGCUAUUCAAUAUAUUUUUUGUAUUCUUCGUAACACUUACUCUGUUCCCGGCUGUACACUCAGGCAUUAAGAAGAGCGAUGCAGACUUCAUCGUUCCCACUGAUCUCUACUCCUCCGUCAUGUGUUUCCUGACGUUUAAUGUGACUGCCAUGAUCGGGAGCCUCUUGGCUCCAAUCAUUAAAUUCCCCAACAAGAGGUUUCUCAUUAUUCCAGUGGUCCUCAGGGCAUUAUUCAUCCCCCUAUUUUUAUUCUGCAACUACCACGUUGGUGAGAACUUGUCUGUGAGAACUUUACCAGUCCUGAUAAAUAAUGACUGGGCAUACCUGGCCAUUGCAAUUUCCAUGGGUCUCAGCAGUGGCUACUUAUCAUCCCUCGGCAUGAUGUACUGUCCCACAGAGGUUGAUCCACGUCAUGCCUCGGUAGCAGGAAUGUUCGCUGCUGCUGCCCUCAUAACAGGCAUUUUCUUCGGGGUACUGUCUUCCAAUUUAAUGCCAUUCGUCGUUAAUAAUAUCGGAUGGUAAUGACUAUUGGGAUAAUUAAUGUUAACUCGAGAUAUAUUUAUAGUACGGUAAGAAAUUUUUUUCUCUCGCGUUGAGAUUUUUCAUAGGAAUCAUUGAGACUUGACAUGGAAGAGAGAUAAUAGAUAUCUGUUUUACUAUUGAGGAUUUAUUAUUCGGGGGACAUGCACACGUGCAGGCACACUCAUGGAGGUUUUUUUUUUCUAUUUUUGAGAGUGAUAAAAUGAAGGUCGAACCCAGAAAACCGGAAGAAAUGGGAAGAAUAGUUUUCUAAAUUGAGAUUUUGAAACUUUUCCAGAUCAUUUAAAUUCCGAUGCGAGUGUUUGUCGACUCCUAGCAUUUUAUCAAUUCUCCAGAGUAAAAAAAUUGUUAAGUUGAGAAGUGUGUGUGUGUCUGUGUCGGCUUUGCUCAGUAGUGAUCAUACGCCAUGUUUUUCCUACCAAUUAUGCCUUUGAAUACCGUAUUUUUCGAAUGGCAGGGGCCCGAUGUGACCAACUGCUCGCCAUUUUACAUGCGGUAUGCCCACCCGUUCCAACGUAAGAUCGGACCAAACCGCCUUAAAUAAUUUACAAAAAUCAGAGAAAAUUAAAAAAAAAAAGUUGAGCAUGAGUAAUUGAGUGUGAGAGCCGCUUGGACUGAGGCACAUUCUCACAGUUGCAAAUACAGUGGAUAUAUUUAGUGAUUAAGAGUUGAUUGAUUGACUAAUUGAUGAUAAUUGUAAUUAUUAACUUAAAUGACUAGAGCUGUUUUCUUCGAACCACCGAUUGUUGUAGUCCCUUCUCACUUGAGGUUGUUCUAUUUUAUAUGUGUUGUUUGUACUUUUCAAUGCGCUUGUCGUUUAUUUAAUUUAGAUGUUAUGGGCACUCGUGUGCAACGACAUUAAAUCGAUGGAUUUAAUGAAGUCCCUGAAGUGUAUGAUUUUUAUUUUACGAUGUAUGAGUUUAACGAUUUUUUUAAUGAAUUUUUGUGUGUUUCCUUCGCACUUUUACUAACAGAUCUCUGUUAACUUCAUAUACGUACAAUAACUGGUCGAACUAGCGCGAGAGUCUCACCAAAAAGCUCUGCAAUAUGUUUUAGACUCCUGAUUAGUCUAUUUUUUAAUUCACGCGACAAUCUUGUGGCUAAAAAAAUUAUUCUCCAAUAUUUUCACUUCAUCUCAAUCCUCUGUCUCUCGUAAAUAUCAGGCCCACAUAUUUAAACAAAAAAUCUGUCGAAACUUCACGAGUUUCUCUUUCUCGCUAGAUAAACUAAUUAAACAUUAAAACCUCUUUAAGCUCGUCUUCGCAUUAUCCGAAUUGCUAGAAUGAUAUGAAUCAAUAAGUGGACAAUCCUUGUAGGAAGCAAUACCGACAAUAACCAAUGAAAUCAAGGAAUUAUACUGAAUUGAAUAAAAUUAAAAUUUAAAAAAUCGUUGAUCCUGAAGUGAAUAGAGUAGAUGGGAUAUUUUUGUAUUUGAUAAAAACAUUUGAGGUAACGAGUUCAGUUUUGAGAGGUUAAUUUUUCAUGCAUAUCAUAAAUUACCAUCACAAUAUAUCGAAAUUUACUGUUAGAAGUCAGUAAAUAUGUUUUCAAUGCCAUUGUAAUUUUUUAACAAUUUAAAUUGCGUGUGUGAGGACUUUAAUUUUUUUAUUACGAAUUUGUACAUGACUUUUAUCAAUGAACAUCACUGUUAAUUGAUACCCCUCAUUUGUCCAAACGUUGAUACGAAAAUAAAAUUUACAGUAAUUACCA